AUGGCUGAUGAACUCAAAGACCUGAAUUCUCAAGUGGCAUUGAUUGAAGAACAAAGAUUAGCUAUAAAGAGGAACAAGCGAGACCAGUUGAGAACCGAGAAAAAGCUUUCCAUGUAUGCUUCUGUCACUAAAGUUAUACCGAAGAUUGAUGAUUCAGUAAAGACCUCAGGCUAUAUGGUUGAUCGAGACAAAAGGAUAAUUGAGAAGUUUGAAUUCGAUACAGACAAGAGGGCUGACUACGAGACAUGUAAUAGCAUUUGGGAAAUUAUAAAGAGGAAAUAG